GGACAUUUUUUUUUUUUUUUUUUUUCGUUUCAAAAUGAAAGAACUUAAGACGGCGAAGAUUUUGAUAUUUCUGGUGGCUUAGCAGAAGUGAUUUACUGACUUGUGUUGGUACUCUUGUGAUAUUUUUUUUCUUGACCGCAUCUCCCGCGUGCGUCCAGUUGGAUAUGACAGAUGGACAGUACUUACUAUGUGUUGUACCCUUAACGUCCGGCAAGACGGUCAGGUCAAAGAUGUCACAAUUCAAGGUCACGAAGCCCAUCUAUUUUUAAUUGCAUCAAUGGCUUCUGGCGACAAAAUAUUCAUUCCUCAAAGCUAUAAGUGCAGGAUGAAACGCCUUGGGGCGUGCAGCGCCUGCGUACAGGCUGACACCAAGGUGACGUCUUGCGUCAUGUUCAGCAAAGCUUACGUGAUACUCUACAGUCCGCUCAUCGAGCCCAGGUUGUCGGACACUUCCUGCAGAUGCCCUAAAACAUCCGGACGGCGGACGAGAACUUUGUGUGACUAUUCCAACACAUCUUGCAGACAGCUAGACAUUUGUAAUAAAAUGUCUCAUACUUUAUGUAGAAAACUCCAUUCUGCACAAGAUUAUUGGGAUGUUUCAAGCGAAAAGUGUAGGAUUCCUGACAUGACUUCCUUGUCGAUUAGCUCUACCCGUAAAAUACGAGAAACGGACUUCAACUUCUCUUGUGAUCUAUGCACUUUGGUUCUAGCAUUCAUAGUGUUAAAACCAUGUCCCUAUGUUAUUUAUUUGAAGAUUUCUCUAAGCCACUGCAUCCUCUCACAAAUAGAAAGAUGCUUUCCCCUUAUUCACCUAUGUCAACCAACAAAUGCCUUGUAUAAGCUUAUAUUGACCAGGACACCAAGGCUGAUGGACGAAUGCAAAAAGGCUACCAGCCACCAAUUAACCAACAAUGUCCACCAGUUUGAGCACGCAUCUUUAGGCCUGCAGAACUCAUGCAUGAGCUCUGCCCUCACCCAGCGUACUUCUACCAUGGCGCCCAGAGUGGCAGCUCACCACCAGCAUUCAGCGACCUGCCCAAGUACCAAUAACACACUUCAGGCCAAAGGCUUGAGCAACAAACACAACGCUGUAGAUGCUCGCGCGCUAACGUCGUUGGAGAAGUGCAACAAAGAACUAAAACACUGCAGAAAGGCGCGAAAACGAAACUCCCAAUUAUCGAUUGUACCCAAUACUCCUUCUCCCCCGAGGGCCCAGCUCUUUAGUCCUCUACAAUUUGUGAUAAUUCUAUGCUAUAUCAUUUCUGUUGGAUUUACUGCGGUAUCGUCACAGAGAGUUAUAGGUACUAUACCAAGAUGUGAUACAGAAGGCAAAGUGAUUGUAGUGCCUGGAAUAACUAACGAUCAAUGUACGUGUAAAUGUAUGAAUAAUGAAGUCGUAUGUGAUCCAGACAAAUGCCGAAGACCGACCAAACCUCCCAAGCAGCUCUCAUCCUGUGAUAGUCAACUGUGCCGAGAUGUGGAGGGAUGCCGGGUCAUUCCGUUUCCCAUAGGACCAUGCUGCAAGGUGUGCAAAGGUUGUCGCUAUCGCAGACGUCAGUACGAGAGUGACGACAUAUGGAGGGAUCCUAGAGAUCCAUGUAAGCAACUCUCUUGCAAGGCUGGUGUGGUCACGGUCUCCAAAGUACAAUGUUUCACUCACUGCCACAAUGCGCUAACAAUACCUGGUCAGUGUUGCCCGGUCUGUCAAGGUUGUUUCUUCCGAGGUAAGCUGUAUAAUGAGUCAGAGACAUUUCACCUCCCCACCGACGUCUGCACCACCUGUACCUGUAAGAAUGGAAAUCUUCAGUGCGAGCGUCAACAGUGUCCGGUCCUCAACUGUAAGUCAGAGUACAUCUACCAGCCCAAGUCAGAGUGCUGCCAUAAAUGUCGAGGUAGUCGUGAGAUCUUUGUGCCAACAAAAGGAUGUUUCUUUAAAGACUAUGUGUAUGAGGAAAAUGAAAAGUUCUCUCCUGAACCUUGCACUCAGUGUGUCUGUAGAAAGAAAGGCACAGCCAUAUGUGAUAAACUGAUCUGCCCUCCUUUAGACUGCCCAGUGGAAGAACAAGUCCCAAUGAAUAACACUGACUGCUGCAAACAGUGCAAAGAAAAGAGAGACUGUCUGUUUGAAGGCAAUGGAUACAAGCACAAAGAAGAAUGGCGGCCUAACGUAUGUACCAGAUGUUCGUGUGUUGAUGGUGUGACGUACUGCCAAAGAGAGAAAUGCACCAACUCACUCUGGUGUCCCCAAGGCUAUAGACUUCUUCUGACGGAGAGAGAAUGUUGCCCUCGGUGUAUAGAACAUGAUGCUGUGUGCUCCGUCUUUGGAGAUCCUCACUACAGAACGUUCGACGGACUGAUGUACAGCUUCCAGGGAACCUGCAAAUACAUCCUUGCCCACGACUGUGUCAGCAACAGCUUUUUGGUCAAGGUAAAGAACGCCGUCCGCUUCUCUUCUGGAUACGCCUGGACCCAGAUGCUGGUGGUGUUCCUAUUCAACCAUCGCGUCUCCAUGUUACAGAAUUCGGUGGUGAAAGUGGACAAGGUCCGAGCCCGACUUCCGUUUGUUUCCCCCGGGAAGUUCUCCAUCUUCAAGGAAGGCUCUCUGGUGAAGAUGAAAUCCACCAUCGGGGUGGAGGUGACCUGGGACGGUGACAGCUUCCUGGAAGUGACUGUCAGCACCAAGUACAAGCAGCGGAUGUGCGGACUGUGCGGGAAUUACAACGGUAUCAAGACCGAUGACCUGCUGGGCAAGGACGGCACGAUGUAUAUGAGUGGUCAGCAGUUCGGCCACACUUGGAGGGUCGGCAGCAAGAGCGCGUGCCACAUCGAAUCGGAUAAGCUGGUCAAGGCCCCGUGCGAGAUGAACUCAACAGCCCGCCUUCGAGCGCAGCAAGACUGCAAAAUAUUUUACAGUCACCCAUUCGCUAAGUGCAGAGCUAAAGUGGAUGUGAACGUUUAUGUCAGCUCCUGUAUUACAGACAUGUGUGACUGCCCACAUGGACGCAACUGUGCCUGUGAGGCUAUCUUAGCCUACGUAAGCCAAUGUACCAGAGCAGGUCUCGAUGUUAAAUGGUACAAGCCCAGUAGCUGUCUAGAUCGCUGAGAAACAAAGUAAAGAGGAUUCAAGAGUUGACUCUAAAGAGACAGGAGCUGAAGCCUUUUUAUGUCUGAGUUAGAACAGGAAAUGGGAGAGAUUAGACUCUUUUCUUUGAUUCCUCCACUAGUCUGGCUUGCUGAAGCAGAUAAGACUGUAGAAACAUUGUAGAGUCAACAUUGAAGAUAUUUUUCUAGAGCAGAUAAGACUGUAGAAAUAUUGUAGAAUCUACAUGGAAGAUAUUUUUCUAGAGCAGAUAAGACUGUAGAAACAUUGUAGAAACUACAUUGAAGAUAUUUUUCUAGAGCAGAUAAGACUGUAGAAAUAUUGUAGAGUCAAUAUUGAAGAUAUUUUUCUAGAGCAGAUAAGACUGUAGAAACAUUGUAGAAACUACAUUGAAGAUAUUUUUCUAGAGCAGAUAAGACUGUAGAAAUAUUGUAGAAUCUACAUGGAAGAUAUUUUUCUAGAGCAGAUAAGACUGUAGAAAUAUUGUAGAAUCUACAUGGAAGAUAUUUUUCUAGAGCAGAUAACACUGUAGAAAUAUUGUAGAAUCUACAUGGAAGAUAUUUUUCUAGAGCAGAUAAGACUGUAGAAACAUUGUAGAGUCAACAUGGAAGAUAUUUUUCUAGAGCAGAUAAGACUGUAGAAAUAUUGUAGAAUCUACAUGGAAGAUGUUUUUCUAGAGCAGAUAAUACUGUAGAAACAUUGUAGAAUAUACAUGGAAGAUAUUUUUCUAGAGCAGAUAAGACUGUAGAAAUAUUGUAGAAUCUACAUGGAAGAUAUUUUUCUAGAGCAGAUAAGACUGUAGAAACAUUGUAGAAUCUACAUUGAAGAUAUUUUUCUAGAGCAGAUAAGACUGUAGAAACAUUGUAGAGUCAACAUUGAAGAUAUUUUUCUAGAGCAGAUAAGACUGUAGAAACAUUGUAGAAUCUACAUUGAAGAUAUUUUUCUAGAGCAGAUAAGACUGUAGAAACAUUGUAGAGUCAAUAUUGAAGAUAUUUUUCUAGAGCAGAUAAGACUGUAGAAACAUUGUAGAAUCUACAUUGAAGAUAUUUUUCUGGCCUGUUGUUAAUCAAGGAUUGACCAGUUAUGAAACUUUUUAUAAAAUUAAAUGGCAUUCAUUCAUGAUAUUAUCUUUAAAUACACAGUAGAUCUAGUACCAUGUGAAAGGUUUGAGUAGAUUGUCAAAUGCUGAAGACUCUGUUGACUGACAUCAAACUGCUACCUGUGAACAAAUCUUUAUGGCCAGUGACAGUUGAAGCUAGUCUAAGAAAUGUUGUUUUUUAGAUGUAAAUAUUUGUAUGUUCAACUAGAAUGACUUGGGAGAAGUUGUCAUUACGAAUACUUUCUUUUUCUCCCACUUUAAUUGUACAAUCUUUACAAAAUAUUUAUUGUCUAAAAUGUUUUCUGAUCCAUUGAGAGCAUUAAUAUUUUUUUAUUGCAUUCAUUUUUCAAUCUUAAUUUAUGGGGUUUUUUUUUUUUGCUUUUUUUUUUUUUUUUGCUUGUUUUUGGGGGGUCAGUAUUGUGUUUGAUUGAAAAAAGUUUAUUUUCAGUCUGGAGAUGAUCCUACAUGCCAGGAUAACUUGAACUAACGAACUCUUUGGUGUGUACACUAAAGGAACGGAUGAUACGCUAAAUCUUUUUUAAAGGUAUAUCCACACAGACAUAUAUUAGACCUAGACUGGACAUGGACAUCUCUUAUAUAUAUAUAGGUAUGUGAUCUGAUCAUUAUCGUAUACGAAUUUGUUUCCGUUGUCCAGUCUAGGUAUAAUAUAUAUAUAGGUCUGUGGGUAUAUCCAAGUUUUGUGCACUUUUCAACACUGCAGAAUCCAAAUCUUUAGACUCUUCUGUUUGUAGAGUAGUACAGAAUCAUCUCACUAUGGAGGAAGCAUUAGACUUUCACUCUAUGACUAAAAUCUUGUUUUAAAACAAAUAGGCCACUAACUAGCUGGGAAUAAAGGAGAUUGGAUAAGAAGAUCAACUCCCACGCGUUGAGAUAGUGUCACGUGAUAGCUUUUUAUUUAGUUGGUAACACUGAAGUUCAAAUGCGUAUCCUUGGCAUUGUAGAGGUGAUCAUGAAGCUCUCCAAUAUUUGUAUUGAAUCUAUGACUACAAUAAUAAAGUAAAAGUUCCCCUUUCAGACCUUGCGGUCUAUAGGGCAUAUGAUGUAAAGAUCAUCUAUUUAUGUGGCCAGCACAAUGACCAAACCCUAUUGUCAGGUACCCAUUUGCGCUGGGUGGACCCAGAGGCGCCCAAAGAUCCCGAAAGUAAAAAUCCCAAUGUUCACCUGGAUUCGAACCCUUACCGCUUAGCCACCGCGCCUUCAUGACUAAGAUAAAGUACGAUAUUAACAUUCCUUUUUAUGUUUGUUUUUUAUUAAAAAGGGCACAAUUACCAAUUUGUAUUUUUUGUGUGGAAAAUCUUAAUCAGCUGUUUAUUGCCAGAGUGUUUCCAGUUCAGUUUUACAUGAAUAUCAUAUGUCCGUUAUAGAGACGGGAGAUGAAGAGACAUAUUUAUUUAUUUAUUGAAUGCUCUUGUCGAGCUGAUCUGAUUACAAUUGUUAUAAGGUGAACAAUGUCUUAAUACAAGAUUCUGAUCAGUUCACUCAUCGGUACGAUCGUACAUUAAAACCAUUACAUGCUGGCUUUACAAACACUAUACAUUUUUCUUUUUGUCUCUAACUAUAUUGUAGUUACACCAAAACUUUAAUUUUCACAGAGGAAAAAAAAAACAAUAAUAUAUAUCUAUACGAUCUAAACCAUAGACAGUGUCCACGUUUAGAUAUUAUACUAUAUAUUUCAAUCAGAUACAGUUUUUUCAUUUGUGUGUAGGCUACACACUACAGUGAUGUUCAUUACAAAUUUCUAUGUUUGUUUGAAGUUUUUUUGUUUUUUUGGUAAAUAGAGAUACGCCCAAACAUUAACUGGCUCUAUAAAACAAAAAGAACAUCUUCAAAGAUGUUCUGCGUUUAACAGAUUCUUAAAAAUUACUAACUUUUUAUAAAAAUAUCAGCUCUCUGUAAAUGACCUAAAUUAGGAAGACAGGUAUUCGGAAAUGGAUGUCGUUAUUAUUAUAUCUGUAUAUAUAUAUUUAAUUUGUUUUUUAUGAAAUAUACAUUUUUAGUCAAUAUGAAAACUGGGGGGUGGGGGAAGGGGGGGGGAAGGAAAUAUAUUAAAUUUUUUUUUCCAAGUACAAUUGAGUCAUUUAAUUUUUUGUUAAAAUCAAGUAGUGGGCGUGUCUGUUACCAUGGAUACAUACAUUUUGUGACGUUUUUUCUGCUGCAUUACUUUUUACCAUGUCGCAAUGAUGUCGCUGUUUUAAUAGUCGCUCUAGAUUUGGGCUUACACUGGGCCAGUAGCACGGAGAAGGGGACAUUGUUAUGUCGUAUAUGGUAAGGACUUUUUUUUACAUAUUAAACUACCUCAAUUAUUGUACACAGUGGCGUGAUGGCUUCGCAAAGACAUAUCAAAAUCUUGAUACAGACUGUAUUCAAUGUUUUAUUUAUUAAAAUUGUGAGACAUUGUCAUGUCUAAAAGAUGACACAU